AUGUCCACCCAACCCGACAACGGCUGCCCACCAGCCAGCAUGCCGGGAGACUUCCCCUCCAUCCCAAACAACCUCAGCUGGGUAGCCAUCCCAGGCCAGAACGCCUCAGUCCCGUGGAUGGUGAACUGCUGCGAGCCGUACGCGGUGCACGUGGUGGAGAAAUGCUGGCUGUGGUGCGAAGUCGACGUGGAUGUGGCCAACGGCGCGUCGAACUCGGUGGUGUCGAACGGGUUCAGCGCCUGCUUGGUCGCCAACAAGCGGAACCUCAACGAGUCGAACGGCCUCAUGUAUCACAAGGCCACGAACGCGGCGCCGCCGUUGCGGGUGUCGCUGCUACAUGCUGUUGUGGCCGCGCUCGCGACGUCGGUGGUGGUGGCUAUGACGUCAGUGGUGUGA